GAGAGAGGGUGAGUGAAUGUAAGAGAUAUGUUGUUUAUACUGAGCAAGGCUCAAAUUCAACGCCAUCAGUGCACCGGUGCUCACAUAAUGUGGGAAAUUAAAGCUCAGACACGCAGAGUCUCAGGAACGGCGGGAUAUUUCUUGGAAUAAAUUGCAUGCCGCUAUCCAGAGGAUGAAUAGGUGAAUGCUUCAAAAGUACAGCUUUACAAGUUCACAUGGGGUGGUGAGAUCUUCAUCAGCACAGCAGCUCUUAUGUCAACUAACCAUCACAGAGCACAAUUGCAGCUCUGAAGAACUGAAUGCGGCUCCUCACAAAACACAUGGGUUAUCGUUGCUGAUUCAAGAAAACAGAGCAUGGAGACCUUCUCAGAGGAGGCAGGUUGGGAAGGAUCCCUCCAUGCAACCGUUGCGUGGUCUAACUUCUCCUCCUCUGGACUCAACAGUACUUUCAAAGGAGGCUCGUACUUCUGGUUAGUGUCUCAAAACACCUCAAUAAACCCCACUCAGACGCCCGAUCCGUUCACGGUGCGGGACAUCUCUCUGGCUAAAGCUGAGAUUGGAGUUCUGGGUCUGGUUCUCGCUCUCACAACACUAGGGAACAGUUUUGUACUGUGGGUUCUGCUGAGGCGGCGCAAAUACAACGCACCCAUGCACCUAUUUAUGGUAAAUCUCUGUGUUGCAGAUCUUGUGGUGGCGUUUUUUCAGGUGCUCCCGCAGCUAGUAUGGGAUAUCACAGAGAGAUUUCAAGGUCCUGAUGUGCUGUGCCGCUCAGUCAAAUAUCUGCAGAUAGUGGGAAUGUUUGCAUCAUCUUACAUGAUUGUUGCUAUGACAGUGGACCGCCAUAAUGCCAUUUGCUGCCCCCUGCAGGCUUACAGAGGAGGGGCAUUUUCCCGCUGGAAUACACCCAUCAUGGUAGCCUGGGGUUUAGCUCUUGUUCUCAGUGUGCCACAGGUGUUUAUUUUCUCCAGGUCAGAGGUCUCUCCAGGGGUGUUUGAGUGCUGGGGGAAUUUUGCAGAACCUUGGGGGCUAAAAGCGUAUGUCACCUGGAUGACUAUAGCGGUGUUUCUGCUUCCUACCUUUAUUAUCACCGUUUGUCAGGUACGAAUAUUCAAAGAGAUCCAUGACAACAUCUACCUGAAAUCAGAACGUGUGGUUUCUGCUGACAUGAAGAAGGACCUGGUCAUUUUUCACUUUCCCAUCUUCAAACAACGGGCCAGCAAAAAGACGAGAGAAGCAAGGGAACUUCAUAUAAAGAAUACCAACAGUGACUCAUCCUAUUCUCACACCUGCUACUCUGAGGACGCACCAGAGCCGGAUUGUUGUGACCAAUCCUGUCAGGAUGGCUACUGUCCCAAUGACCUGGCCUCACAGACUCACAGUUCAUCCCCUGAUGUGCUGCCUCACAUUCAGACUCACCCUCACACUAUCUGGAGCAACUCUGCUGCCGUCCAGACACCACAUGGGAACUCUGUUCCUCACAGGAGCACUUACAACACCGCUACUGAGUACUCCAAUGCUUCUUCAAACCCCUCUUUCCCACCUUACCCCCUCCAUCCACCUCUUACAGGUGUGUCGAAAGCUAUGUCUAAAACAGUGAGGAUGACUCUGGUCAUUGUGCUGGUCUACACCUUGUGCUGGUCACCCUUCUUCAUUGUACAGCUGUGGGCUGCCUGGGACCCCAACCCCCCUGACCAAGGAGUGGCUUUCACUAUCCUGAUGCUGUUAGCCAGUCUGAACUCCUGUACGAACCCAUGGAUCUACACAGCCUUCUCCAGCAGCGUGUCCCGUGAACUUCUGGCUCUGCUGCGCUGUCGGCCAAAGCUGCCCCGCAGGAGCUCAAUGCACGACCACUCCAGUGACAUAAACACCUCCACUACCAAGGACAAUCAAUACUGACCCCUACAGAAUAAAGGAAAUUGAGUGUCGGCAGAGACAGGGAUUUAUGCGGCUGUAUCUGUCCUGUGCAUGUGGAAGACAUGUUGUCAUGAAAUAUUGCCACAUCUUCUGUUCAGAGUAUCCGAUGAUACCACUUUAACCAAGUGAACUGUGAAGAGUGGCUUAUUAAUGACCAAACAGGAGCAAUUUAUGACAUACAUGCAGGAUUUGAUGCAAAAAUAGACCUCUUGAGCACGAGACUGAUCUUUGCUGACUCAUCAAACAGGAUAAAGAACAGCUUACUGACUGUCAUAAAUGUAAUUAAAUUGAAAACAUUUAUUAAACAGGUUUCAAUGAAGUAUUGGCACUAUUGUGUGUGAGAUGGAGAUAAUCGUCUUAACUGCGGAGGAAGAAGAGAUCAAGGCCUUUACCCCACAGCCAGCUAUUUCAUCCCAUUUAUCAGUCUUUCUGCCGUAUAAGUCUUCUUCAGAUUCAGAGCUUUCAUGGCGAGGACAGAGGAAGAACAUGACUUAUGUGAUUCAUGCAUGGAAAAUACAUCCAGGGGACACAAUACAAGACUAAAAGCGGACAAAUAUCUGAAUAAUGCCUUUUGUAAACACCCAGUACAAAAGGUAGAGGUAUUAACUGAACAUAUUUUGACAAAUACGUUUUUUAUUAAUAAGGCACAGUGAAUAAGGCUGAGGAAAUAAGAAUGGUUUUAUUUAGUCAAACACCAGCAGUGUGCCAAGCAGCAACAAUUUCAGUUCCUCAACAACAGACUGUAUAUAAAGCACUUAAAAGCUUAUUUAAAGUUGUGUGAGAAUAAAAAUAAAUAAUAAUGAAUAUGAGAUAAGGAAGUAUAAGAUAACUUAUAAUGACAUCAGGUUAUACAGUGCCUUCCAUUUAACUGGUGUACAGUAUAAGCAUACAGAUCCUGUCAUCUGAUAUUUUGUAAAAAUUAGUUUUCUUAAUCAGUAUUUUUGCUUAAAAUAAGAAAAAAAUUAUUUCCGGUUGGUUGGAAACCACUAAAAAAGCCUAAUCCUGCAAAUCAAUGAAAUGUAUCUUCUUUAAGAAUGGCUAAAUAUUGUUGCUAAAUGCAAAAGGAAAGGACUGAUUUAGAAAUAUUUAUUUGUAGCAGUAGCUCAUUUGACAUGCUGUAUAUACUGUAUA